UGUACUUUUCACGGCUAAAUUUAUUCUCCUUUUAUUUUUCUCAAUGAGUUUGGGAGGGGUGGAAUGCGUGCGUACGUUUUGAGACGGACUUAUGUAAAACGUAUUUGUCAUUUUCAUUUAAGUGGUAUUAGAAAAAUGUGUACAGUGUUUUUUGUAAACUAUUACAGCGGUGCAAUAUACGCGUGUUGAUUUUUUUCUAGUGAGUGUCGCUAAUCAUGCAAAAUGGCCAACGAUUUGUGGUCAUGUUCCUGUUGUACAGAGGCUCUGACUUGUUGGCUGCGCCUAAAGCUAUCUCCAGAGGAGAUAGAGCAGCGGUACAGAAGCAAAGAGAUCGACAGAAUACUUGAGAAAGACAAACAAACACUUCGGCGACAGGUCAAACUUUUGCUACUUGGUGCGGGUGAAAGCGGAAAAUCGACAUUCCUGAAGCAGAUGAAAAUAAUACAUAAAGUAAAGUUUGAGCCGGAACUAGUGCGCGAGUAUCAGCACGUGAUAUAUCAGAACAUUGUUAAGGGCAUUCAAGUGUUAGUUGAUGCGAGGGAUAAGCUUGCUAUUCCUUGGGAAAACCCGCGGAAUUUGGACAUUGGUCAGCAGGCACUGUACUUUAACAGUUCAGUAUCACUUGACAGUCGACUGUUUAUGCAUUAUGCACCUCAUAUACAUUCCCUGUGGUUAGACAGGGCCAUAAAGAGAGCCUAUGAUAGACGGAGAGAAUUUCAAUUGAGCGACUCAGUAAGUUACUUCUUUGACGAGCUGGAGCGGAUCGCGCGCUCGGACUACAUCCCCUCCCAUCAGGAUAUUCUGCACUGUCGGAAAGCCACCAAGGGAAUAACAGAAUGUCCCAUCCUCAUUAACAACGUGCCAUUUGUCUUCGUCGACGUCGGCGGUCAGAGGACGCAGCGACAGAAGUGGACACAAUGUUUCGACUCUGUAACCUCGAUACUAUUUCUAGUAUCGUCUUCCGAGUUUGAUCAAGUUCUGUCUGAAGACAGAAAAACAAAUCGUCUCGAAGAGUCGCUGAAUAUCUUCGACACCAUCGUGAACAACGUUAACUUCAAAGGUAUCUCCAUCAUUCUCUUCCUCAACAAGUCAGAUCUGCUUGCGCGGAAGGUCGCGAGUAAAGAAACGGAUAUUCGCUGGUAUUUCCCACAUUAUACGGGUGACCCACACAAUGCACGGGAAGUCCAAAUGUUCAUACUAAACAUGUUCGCAAAUGUCCGAAGGGAACCAAAGACAACACUCUACCACCAUUUUACGACUGCCAUAGACACGCACAAUAUAGAAGUCGUCUUUAACUCCGUGAAAGACACGAUAUUAAAUCGAAAUCUUGAAUCGUUAAUGUUACAAUGAAGUAACAUUUAUUGUAGACUAUAUGUGAUACGAAUGACUGAUGCGGUGUUUUUCAGGUUUACUUUUGAAACUGGACAAGUGAAAAUCGUAUUUGAAAUUCUCAAUUUGUUUCAUUUAUAGUUUCUACGUGCACUCAGUUGUACAACUACAGUUUCCCAAUAAACUAGUAAAAUAACUUUACCCCUUAUUCAUAAAUCUAUUAAAAAUAAAUAAACUAAAUUUACACGUCCCUUGCUGUCAAAUUAUUUAUACGCUGUGAUGAAAAGGGACACAGUAUUUCAUGUAAAACGAUGCAUUUAGACUAUCUUAGUUUUUAUGAAUAAGGUGGUUAAGGUAGAACAAUUGUCAACUUUCGAAAGACCCAUUCCAAAUGUACCUGAAAUGACAAUCUGGUUUUAUGUCAAAGUCCAUAGAUAGUUUGACGGUUCUUAAAAGAUUUGUCUAUGUGUUUUUCGAUACUUGUCCAAAUGAGGUUUCAAGAUUAGACCAGUUGUUUGUUUAAUCUGUUGUAUCUAGAGUAAAAGACAAAGUAUGAGGCAAAUGCCUACAUUUGUAGUAUGCUGUAUAGUAUAUCAUAUUCUAAUGAUAAAUUUGUAUAUCAGUAUAUUUAUGACCAAAAAUAGAUUUUGCACUUGAUUAUAACAAUUUUGGAUAAAUUUAUAUAUAUGCGCUUUGUACACGUUUAAAAAAAAUAAUGUGAAAUGUCUCUCUCUGGCAUUGAAAGAUAGAAAGAGAUAGAGCUUGUGAAGCGAGAUAAUGUAGGUGAUUUCAGCAUUUACUAUUUCCCUUAGAACUGCCAUUUGAGAAUAUCUAAGUGUUGUGCCAAGAAGAUCAGCUUAUUGGGGACGUGUUGAGAAUAUAUAAUCAUGCUUAAUAAAUAAAAAACAGUAGAAUUUGCAUGGUUUCAAUUCUCUAAGUGUAGUCCAAAUAUUGUAAUUAAAAUUGGAUGAUUAAUCAAGCUCGUAUUUUAAAACUUUUUUGUUUUGAGCUCUGUCAAAUGCCGGACCCCUUAUUUAUAUAAACUAAAUCAGUGAAAACUACUAUUUUAAAUAAUGUAAAUCUUCCGUCUUUUUCACACCAAUUGUGAUUACCAUGUGAUGAAAAGAGACAGAUGACUUUACUUAAAACGUAUAUGUUAUGUGUUGUGAAGACUGAUUUAUUUUGUGUAAGAAAGGUUAAUAGAAAAAACUGUUUGGCAGAUCUUUAGACUAGAGUUUUAGAAUACGGUCUUAUGAUUGUUUAAAAAUCUCAUAGAUCAAAAUAGCCGUAUUUUUAAGAUGAGGUCGGAAAUGUGGCCAAAACCCAACUGACGUUCACAUAUACUAUUGCUCAUACACAAUAUUAGCAAGACUUGUAUCCCAUUAGGGGAGUAAAGAUAGAAUAGUCUGUGAUUGGAAUUUUAUUAAGGCUGUAAACAGCAACGAACGUUGUAUGGGCACCAAAUUAGAUUAGAAGUACGUUAAACACGCGGGUCCUAAUGUAAUUCCAAAAUAUAGUCCAUGUUUUGACGGUUUAAAAAUGUUGAUUUUUAUUUAAUAUUACAAAAGAGCUUUACGUUCGCGAUGUAAUUUUUACGUGAUAUAGAUAUGAAGCCACGAUGCCACAGUAUAAGUGCAAGCUAAUUCACAUGUCAAAAUUUGAUCACCAUUUGACAGGGGAACCUCUCACAAAAUCAUAUUUUUUAAUGAGUGACUUAGUUUGCACUUAAACUUGUUCAAUGUAAUAUAUUGCAAUAAUAAUGAAAUUUAAUCAAAUCAUGUAAACUUUGACAGUCGCGAUUGACAUAACAUUUUACGGCAAGGGUGUCCUGGGAAUUUAUGGAAAUGGCAUUAAUUGUUUGAUCACGGGACCGUGUAGACUUGAGACAAAAUCGCUAGGCGUUAGUAGGUCACGACUGUUGAAAAGUGAUUUUGUCUAGAGCCCCAUUUUUUGAAUAACAAUACCGGGUCAUGUAUAUGUCUAUGGCUAAAUGCUUUUGUCUACGGCCCUGAUUGGCAUAAUGUUUUGCUAGGACAUGAAAUGGAAUUCUAAAUUCAAACUUAUUGUGUCAAAUUGACAUUAUACAAUCAACAUUUUUAGAACGUCAAAAUUGUUAAAUUAAACGUAAACUGCUCAGUAAUAGUUUUGCAUGGAAUUAGCAGUGCUUUCAAAGAAACAUAUUUUAGAUUUUUAUACCAUUUUUAAGAUGUAGUUGAAUUAGAUGUACGAUAUUGUACUUUUUAAACAUCAAUAUUACAGAAUUGUUUGAAUGGCAUAUCUCAAAUCAUAAUGAAUUCAAAUAAAUACUCCAGCGUUAUCAUUUUUUCUCUACUUUAUAAAACUAUAGAAUGUGAAUUGGUUUCUCUUCUUUUGAUGUCUUCUUCAUUUUUUGAUUUAUUAGGAAAAAUACUUAUGUAACUUAUAAUAUUUUAAAUUUACGGUUUUGUUUUUAAUGAAAUAAUGGUAAUGUUAGAGAUAUUUAAAUAAAUAAAUUCCGUCCCUUCGCACAGAUGUAAAAUGUAAUCUCAAAGCUUUUUAUAUUUCUUAUGGUUUUAGCAAAGGGCACAAAAACUAUGGUAACUCAACUGAUAAUCGAUUUUUUUUGUUCUUGUCUCUCAUAUUGUGUAUGAAAGAGCAAGCAACACAAACCGGAAAGUUUUAGGGCAAUUAUUUUAUAGUCCGACCUAAAAAGGUUUUAGCGCCAUUUAAUGUUUUAUUUUAUAUUCACCUUUUUUAGCAUCUUUUUUAUUGCUCGUCUAGUUGUUUAUUGCAUGUAAUUUAAAUAAAAUUUUGUUGUUCCACAAAUAAAGCCUAAAAUUUGUUCCGGUAAUUUUGAUUAUCAAUUUUGUAUCCAGUCAGAAUCUUGAUUUUAAGUACAUAAUUCAUAAUAAUUAUACUCAUUUAGUGAAUAGUUGUCAUAAGCUUUAGUAUUUUUAUUUUGUGUUAAGUUGGGUACAAUCAUUGUGGUUAGCUAUAGUUUCUAUUUAUUGUGUAAAUUUUUAUAUAGAUUUUUUUAUUCGAGGCUAUUAUGUAAAUACCUCUUAAUACAUUUCUUUAUUUUUAGAUGGUAUCAAUUUUGCGGCCCGAUUUUGGUGGGGGUUGAGUGAUAAUCUUGCAUUUAAAGUGCCAUUCUUCAAUGGCACACUGGAAUACAGUGUGACCAAUACCUAACGUCCGUAGAAAGAGCUGGAAGUAAACACGUACUUUACGGACAUUUUAUUGGAAAUAGAACGAAUGAGGAACAAAUAAUUGCAACUGACAAUGAAAGUUCAAAAAUGGUUGUGUAAAACAAAAGAGGAGUGAUCGCUCGUUUUUUUUUGUUGAAUUAUUUAUUCAUGUUUAAAACUGUAAAUGUAUAGUAAUUUAAAAAAUUUCAAUUUUUUAAAUUAAUUUAAAGUUGGCUAUAAUACCAAUAUUUAUUGCCUUCCUGCAACAUAGUUGAAAGACUAACUGUUGAAUUUUAAUAAUGAAAUAUACAAACUCAUAAAUAUAUAGUGGGCUCCUUAGCGAAACACAUGGUAACUUUUACAGUUAUAUCAGAAGAUAGACACAACACAAUUUCGAAUAACCAACAUUGUCAGUUGCUCGUGUCACCAUUGAACAUAUUAAAUGUGAUAAAAUCUGUAUACAUACAAUGUUAAAAAAUCCCCCAAAGCAACGAUGAAAUCGUGAAUGGGUAUUUUAUAGUUAUUUAUUGCAGUAAGCUGUUAUGAUUAAUAAACCCAAAUAUCAACCAAUACAAUAAAUUUAUAUGCGCGCCAUCUACAUUUAACCAGACGAACACAAAAUCGUACUAAGGACAGGAAGUUUGCUUAACAAAUUGAUUUCAGUUAUGGCUUAAAAUUAUGUCUUCCUGUUCUUGAGUUAUUUUUGAAUAAUAAUUGAUUUAUGUAUGUAUUUUUUUGUGUGUCAAAUGUCAAAAUAUAAUUUAAUCGAAGAGUCGAUCUGCAAUAAAUGUCUUCAGUACCUGAGAGGUGAUUAUUUAUUUAGGAAUUAAAUUAUUUGUCUCAAAUGCUUUUUGUAGUGAGUUCGGAAUUGGAACUCUAAUUUUAUUUUUCUUAAGAGGGGUUCACUUUUAAUACAGCGAAUUCUACUUCCGAAAUUUUAAAUUCAUAUGGCUUUAAACGAGUAAUUAUGCCCUGUUAAUGAUUUUGGUAAUAGUAAAAACCUAUGUAAAAUACAGUGUAAAUUAUAAAAGCUAGGAUACGCAACCUCCCGAGGCUGAUUGCUAAAUAGUUAUAUGUUACGAAUUUUAAGUAUGUUAGCGGUUUACACUCAUGUUAAUGUAUGCUAGUGUUGACAAUAUCUUUUGGAAUUCCUCUAUAUUUUGUAUACACCCCAAUUAAUGUACAGUGUAAUAAAUACCAUGCAUGAUUUAAA